UAACAACCGACACUGUCUAAGUUGUUCUCUGCAAUAUAUUUCAAUGGAUUCAAACACAUCAGGCUUUCUUCUCAACUCUUCAUCUCUUGAGUCAGUUUAUUACCAAGCUAAGGAGCAGGAUGAUGCCUUCAUUGAUCUGGGUCUUAGUCUCAGAACUCUGCCAACCGAAGCUUAUCAUCCUUCCGGACAUCUGGUAAGCCUUGAGGGAUAUGAUGACCCCAUUGAUUGGCCUCAGGCCAACCAGAACUUGAAAAGUUGUGACAGUUUGUAUCAAAGAAUUAUACCAGAAGAUUAUGAUGAAGAGUCGGAGGGAGUCCAAAGCAAAGAGAGGUGGGCUUAUGUGAAGGUUAAUAUGGAUGGGGUGGUUGUUGGCCGGAAAAUCUGCAUUCUUGAUCAUGGUGGUUACUCUAGCCUUGCACUUCAGUUAGAAGACAUGUUUGGUAGACAAUCGGUAUCUGGGUUAAGGUUGUUCCAGGCUGGAUCCGAAUUCUCACUGUUCUAUAUGGAUAGAGAGCAAAAUUGGAGGGCUGUUGGUGAUGUGCCAUGGAAGGAGUUUGUGGAAUGUGUGAAGCGGCUGAGGAUUGCAGGAAAGAAUGCUGCUCUUCUCCCUGGUUCAUGAAAAUUCCCCUAAAUUUUCUUCAUUCCCUCCCUCCCUUCUGCCUCCUCCCCUCUCUCUCUCUCUCUCUCUCUCUCUCUCAUAUGUUUUUGAAGCAUCUCUGAUUCUCUGACCUAGAAGUAAAAUUAAGUUGGCAAUAUUUUGAGAAAUGUGUUUCAAAAUCAUAAUGUCCAUCAUAACUUUUGGGUAA